GUGUUUAAACGAGUAAAGCGCUAUGUGUACAUAUUAUAUUGUAUUUUGAAAUAAUGGAGGCGGUAGCUAUGUACGAUUUUAUUGCAACUGCAGACGACGAACUAGGAUUUGUUAAAGGUUCAAUAUUGAAAGUAGGCUGCAAAGGAACGGACCCCAACUGGUGUAAAGCUGAACAAGAUGGAAAGGAGGGCUUAGUCCCAAUGAAUUACAUUGAAAUAAAGGAAUGCGAGUGGUUUGCUCGUAAUAUGACAAGGGCUAAUGCGGAGCUGAGGCUGAAAAAUACUUUAGAUGGGUCGUUUCUUGUUAGAGAGAGUGAAAGUACCCCUGGAGAAUUUUCUGUAUCCGUGAAAACCAAUUCUGGUGUACAACAUUUCAAGGUUUUGAGAGACGGGGCAGGAAAAUACUUUAUCUGGGUUGUUAAAUUUUCUUCUCUGAACGAGUUAGUAGUGUAUCAUCGCGUUAUGACCGUUUCAGGUUCGGAGCGGAUUUUUCUUCUUCACCCGAUUAGUUGAGUCGUUUUAAAACAUGAUGUAUCAUAGUAUCGUAACACGUGUUAUACGGAUCGUUUUAUAAUAUGUUUUUUUUUAAUAUUUUUUCACAUAAAUGCUAAAAUAUAUGUAGAAUAUUGAUUGUCCCACAUACGGAUAUUUGUUUUAGGCAACAAGAACAAACGUAGGGAGUUUAUCCUACAGUUAUUAUAAAGACAUAUAUAAAUUAUCCGGUCUUGAAUAACUGUAUGUUUAUCAACUGGUUAACGCACUUAAAAUAUUUAUAUAUGGUAACAAUAUUAUUAAAAAAUCACACAAAAUAUUUUAAAAUCAAAAGUGAUGUAUUCUAAACACAAUUUAUAUGGUUGGAUUACAUCCGGUAAUGUUUACGCCACAAUUUCCUAUAUGAAAUAUAUCGUGCUUAUACCACAACAGUAAAGUUAUACUUGUUCAUAUUUUAUGUGCCGGUCGUCAUAUUACAGGCUAAUUGUUUAUA